AUGGUGCUACACGAUGAAAGCGCUUUGGAACUUGACAAGCUUCGCUGGGAGACCUGGGAUCCUUUCCCGGAACUUCCUCUGCUCACAGGGUCGACCGUCCCAAAUGUCGGCCGCAAGCUUUUCAUUCACUCUCCCUCCACCAUUCUCAAACUUCCAGGCAUCGAAGGUGGGGAGGGCACCAUGACUGCUCUUGCUCAUUCCAUCCUGGGGGAUCUUGUCCCACGUGUUGUUUGCUUGGUCGACGUCCCGGAUCCUGAGCCAGGCAGGCAGGGCAUCCUCUUUACUCGCCGCCCGGGCACACCGCUCAGCGAGCUUUGGCCAUCACUCACCAUUCCACAGCGCAAAUCUAUCAAGGAGGAACUCUGCCGUCUCAUUCUCCAGUACCGGAGGCACCGCUUCACCUAUUAUGGCCGGCCCAAGCAGCAACCGUACCUUUUCUCCACAAUCUUUGGUCCAAGGCCUGAAAUCUACUGCACCUCCCGUUCAGAGUGGGAUGAGUCACGUAUCCGCGCGAUGAAGGCCGCUGAAGAUGCGCCGAGUCCAGAACGUGCGGCAAUCCUCGAGAAAGUGCAGCGUGACAUAGUUGGCGCAACUGGUUGGGAUCGCCCUGUCCUCACGCAUGGAGACUUGUCUGAACGGAACAUCCUCGUGGACCCUGACACGCUCGAAGUGACGGGUUUCCUUGACUGGGAGUCAGCCAACAUCAUGCCAGCGUACUUUGAGUACGUUCAGGCACGGGUGUCUGGGGGCCAUGACCCUGAAUGGCGAGUCGAGGUGUUGGAUAUACUGAGGGCUGUUUUGCGCCACGAGUGCGGUGAUGUUAAUGGUGAUGACGGUGAAGGAGAGGGAAGAUAUAUGAAGACGCUGGCGGCUUGGAAUGCUAUGGUUGACGUUGAAAGACCCGCGCUUGGAUACAGUGAUGAGUGCUAUUGGACUUUCGAAACCGGCAUGCCAGAAGCGCCCAACGGUCCCGAUCCCUCGACUUUGAUAUCCGAAAGGAAGAACACGCCUGCAAACUGA